AGCGCAGUCAUUAUUGCGCCAGUCUAACACCCGCCAGCGAUCUUCCUCGUCGCGGUCGUACUGACUUUCUUAGUCGAUUUCCGAGACUAUUUCGCGAUACCAACGCGUCAGCAAGGGCGUGCGUGCGAAAGGAGAACGGCCUCGUGUGGUACGCCUCGUGGUCACCUCGCGAGCGCGUCUGACUAUCGCGUCACGGUACCUCGGCGGAUACGAUGAGACUCUUCUCGGAGACCGAGGAAAAUGUGACGUGAGAGACUGGCCUUCGGCGGGUCCUUCGGCGAGUGCGACACGCUCUGCAACUCAGCCAGUACGCGCGGACGCGGGUCAUCCUGCAAAAUGACCGUCGCGAUGAGGAGGUUGCUGCCGACGGCGGCGGUGUGCUGUUGGCUCCUGGCGCUCAAUGUUGGCCAGAUCGCCGGACAAUUAUUGGACACGGAGUUUCAGCCGACGGUGACGGCGACGUGCAAGGGCGGCUAUAUGACGAUUCGUGUCAAUCUCAAUCAGAGUUUCGUAGGCGCAGUCCAUGCACGAGACCAUCGGACCCCGCAGUGCAUGGUAUCGGGCAACGGCACCACGCACGCCACUCUGGGCAUCAAUCUUUUUGCGUCGCAGGACAGUCCCGAGUACUGCGGAGUUCUGGUGAACAACCAUACAGAAGAACGUUCCGUUCCUAUCGCUGUUAGGAUACACAAAACGCUGGAAUUGGCGGAUGACAAGUUUUAUGUCAUUACGUGCGGAAAGGCGGGUUUCAAAAAUGCCAAAAAUGAAACUUCGCUGGUUUCCCUGCGCCUUUUGGAUGAAGGUGCGAGAGUACAGGAAGCUAUAUACGGUCACAACUAUACCCUGCGUGCUGAGAUUUCACGCCCAGACGGAACGUACGGGAUUCGAGUUAAGAACUGCUUCGCGUUCAACAAGCUCAAUUCCAGCGUGCAGCUUAUAGACGACAAAGGCUGUCCCGUGAAAGUGCGAAUGACGAAAUUCAUAUAUGACCGAAGUACCGGUAUAGCGGAUGCCACAUUGUUUUCCAUGUUCCGGUUUGCCGACAGUUCAGAAGUGCAUUUCCAAUGCGACAUCGCUGUGUGCAGAGGAAGUUGCGGUACCCCUAUGUGUGAAGGAGACAAAGAAGAGCUGAUAAAGGGUGGCUCCUCCACUAACGGACAAAGUGUUAGUAGUGAAGAAGGAGUGCUACUUGCUGGAACGAGCGUUUUUGUCCUCCAACCAGGCGAAAAACGAGUUGUACAAACAUUGCACGAUGACGGCGUGCACCCGCUGUGGCUUCUGUGGCUGGCGGUGGCACUCGGGAUAUUAUUCCUCAUCAUGCUCAUUAUCAACAUAUUCCUGUGUUCGGCGAUGACCUGUAGCUGCACCCGGACCGACAUUAUCGAGAAGGAGCCGUCAAUCAUUGAGGAUUACGAUCCAUACCGCAGCUGGCACGGUUCUCAAUACGGGUCGAGGUACUCGUUAAACGGAAAGCAAGGGUACGCCUCCGGGGGAUCCACCAUGAACUCCACGAGGUCGAUAUCGACGAAUAGCGAUCAUUAUGCGAUAGUACACUCUCGACCAGGAAGUAGAUAUUCCGGUCCUGGACAGAAGCAUCAUCAUCAUCACAGAGGACCGCCAUCCAACAUUGGUUCACACUACUCCGGGAAGUGAUGUUCCCGCUAGCUUCAUUUAUCAAAAACUAGAACUCCAUUGUCUUCAUUAACGUUACUCUAAUUAAACGCAAAUUUUAUGUAUAUGCGUCGCUAUGGCAUUAUUCCAACACCGCACGAAUGACAGGCAUUCGGUUCAACCGUAAAACUGCAACCGAUGCAACCUUAGAAGAAUUUAAAAUAUUAUAUAAGAAAUAUAAAGUUAAAGUAUUGAACAAAAUAUUGAACAGUGCGUUAACAUUUUUUUUUAUCAUAAAAAAUUAUCUGAAGAAUUGACUUUUGUCGCUUUAUGGCUGAAAGUCAACUUACUACCUACAUUUGUCGUACUUAAGAUAAAAAAACUGUUGGUUUAACAUUAAAAUGUA